AUGGCCAGCUACUCGCUGCUCUGGCCAUUCCAGCUAUUGAUAUUUGAGCCAAUGUACCUGUUGCUGAGCAAAUUCUCUGCCAUUCUCCUCGUAUGGCUCCACCUCUGGCAGACGGGAUUGGCAUUCAUAGAAGUAUUCUGUGGCAUGAUUUUUGCACCAGUAACGGAUCCUAUCUGGCAUUGUGCCUACAACAGGGUGCUGGAACUGGAUGGAGGCGUCUCCAAGCUGGAAUUCCGCUUGGUGCCUGCUAUCUUCGGCGCUUUACUUAUCCCUGCCGCAAUCUUCUGGUUCGUCUGGAGUGCUUACCCUUGGGUGCACGGGAUUGUGUCUGUUCUCGGGUCUGCCGUUUUUGGCAUGGGAACUCUGUUGGUUUGUACAUCCAUAUUCAUCUUUGUUGGUAAGCUGGCCAACGGACUGAUCCCAGACAACGUUUAUAAGAAUGUCUUUUUAGUGGACGCCUACCUGAUAUAUGCGGCAUCGGCAACAAAUUCUUUUGCACAACCUGCAUUUGCAGCCGCAUUCCCUCUUUCGGUCUUCGGAUGUAUCACACAUUAUUAA